UUACUACCAAUACGAUAUGUCUGCAUUUCACAAUCAUGAAUGUUACACUUUACUCUCUCCAAAGCCGGUAAAACUGAGCGAAGUCACUGCCAUCUACAAAACAUUUAGUGCUCAAAUUUGGAUUGCGUUUGGAAUUUGUCUGGCGGCCACCGGUCUACUAUUAUGGGGCAUUGCUCGCGUUGACGCGACAAAAUCGACGGUUUAUGGGAGCCUUAGUCGAACCUUCUUGGAGGUGAUUCAGAUUGCCACGGCACAUGGAGUUGGUAGUUUUCCUAAACAGCAUUCGAUUAAUAUUUUGUUGAUCAGCUGGAUUUCGCUUUGUCUUUUGAUUGGUAUUUGCUACACAACCAUUUACACAUCCCUUCUAACAAGCCCUGGCUAUACCAAAAUUAUCGAUUCGAUAGAGGACUUCCUUGAAGCUGAUAUGCUUUACGGGGUACGUCGACUCUACAAAGUUGCAGAAGUAUCAUUGACUUCAUCGUCAAAUCCAGCCUACCAUCAAUUGCAGAAACGUUGCAGAGUGUUCAAAGAUAGAAACGACAUUGAGACAUCGAUCCAUUCAGGCAGGUAUGCUGUGUUCGGCGCCUUUUCCAAUGGCAAAUACUUCACCAGCGUUGAUUGGCUGAACGAGACGACACUGUUCCAAAAUUUUCGUUUCAUGAAGAAGACGUGCAUCUUCGAUCACUACUCGGUGUUUGCAUUCAAGAGAUUCUCGGCGUACACCGAACUGUUUAGCGAUCAUGCGUUAAGGUGA